AUGGAUAACCCUCUUGUCGAUAGCCUUCUCAAGAAGAUAACCGAGAGUCAGACCGAGUCUCAUCACCCUCUAGCUCGAAAGCAUCACAGCAAUUAUCUUGCCGCCAACGAUAAUGCCAUCAACUCCAUGUCACCUACCCCUGCCAUGGACGGUUUUGAAGCCGCUUUCCCCAAGAUUCGUCCUGGCGCUACCACUGGCAAGGAGAAUUAUGCCUCUGAUGGAGAGCUCACCCGCUUGCAGCAGCAGCUAGCAGCAGCUCAGAGCAAGAUCUCUCAGCUUCAAGAAAUCCAUCAGACUAGUGAGCCUAAAGCAGAUUUUGCUCGUGUCAUGCCGUUUGAUACCAGCUAUGCAGAUGGUAACUUCAGAUUCCCUGGUCCGGCAAAUCUGCCUCUUGGUCACACUCCGACUAUGAAUAAUUCUUGGUCGGGCUACGAUGACUCGAGAUCUGACACCAGCGAUGCACUUUCAGCCACCGGCUUCAACCGUGCUCGCCACAUCUGGAAUGGCCCAAAGCCGGACCAGCUCCCUGGUGUAGGCUUUUCUGAUGCCAAUCUCCCUGGGAAUGUUCCAGGUAUCGCCAAUCCGUGGGGACCGCGUGGUAGUAAUACCGGUUACCUGGAUUCUGGCAUGUCUUACAAUGCUGCUCCUGGCCCCGGCCCUGAGCCUCUCAGAAGCGUCGAUCGUGUCUCCCCUGACUACGACAUGACAAUCCGAGGCCCCAAUCGACGAAAUGGCCGCGUCGAUCGUUUCGGCUACCCUGCUUAUGGUGCUCCUGGCUCUUACGGAGCCGGCAAUAACUUCAACCAAUUCGGCCAUGGCCCGUAUGACAGUGCUCCUGCUCACGGCAACCAGUACGCCAUGAGCACUACUUCGUACUCCAGCCAUCAGCCCAGCGCGAUUGGAACUCCCUUGUCGCCUCUUGCCACCGAAUUCACGGCUGGAACCGGACCCUGGAAGACCGAGCCAACCACUGUCGAUGGCCCUACAUAUCUUCCCACAACUGAGCCGCUCAACUAUCGCCGCCUAUUGGACAGAAACGUCAACUGCAACUGGAAGUACAUCGUUGACAAGAUUGUUUGUAACAAUGACCAGCAAGCCUCCAUCUUUCUCCAGCAGAAGCUUAAGGUCGGUACGCCCGAUCAGAAGUACGAGAUCGUGGAUGCCAUCAUCCUUCAGGCACAUCCUCUGAUGGUCAACCGCUUCGGCAACUUUCUCGUUCAAAGAUGCUUUGAGCAUGGCACUCCUGAGCAGGUUAUCAAGAUCGCGGAGGCUAUUCGCGGUAACACGCUGAGCCUUUCUAUGGACCCUUUUGGAUGCCAUGUUGUUCAAAAGGCUUUCGACUCUGUGCCCGAAGACUACAAGGCCGUCAUGGUUCACGAGCUUCUCCGUCGCAUCCCCGAGACUGUGAUCCAUAGAUACGCCUGCCAUGUCUGGCAGAAGCUCUUCGAGCUCCGCUGGUCAGAGUCGCCUCCGCAGAUCAUGAAGUAUGUUAAUGAGGCCCUGCGUGGCAUGUGGCACGAGGUUGCCCUUGGCGAGACGGGAAGUCUGGUCGUUCAGAACAUUUUCGAGAAUUGUCUCGAGGAAGACAAGCGACCUUGCAUCGAGGAGGUCCUUGCCAAUAUCGACAUCGUCGCGCAUGGCCAGUUUGGUAACUGGUGCAUCCAGCACAUCUGUGAGCAUAGUGCCCCUGCAGAUCGCAGCCGAGCUAUCGACCACGUCAUUCGCUUCGCGGCCGAGUACAGCAUGGAUCAGUACGCCUCCAAGGUAGUUAAGAAAUGCCUGAAGAUUGGAGGUGGCGAAUUUCUAAGCCGUUAUCUCGACCGCGUUUGCGAAGGUCGCGUCGACCGACCCCGCAUUCCCUUGAUCGAUAUCGCCAGUGACCAGUAUGGCAACUAUCUAAUUCAGUGGAUUCUGACUCAAGCCAAUUCUCAACACCGCGAGGUCGUUGCCGCUCACAUUCGCAAGCACAUGGUUUCGCUGCGAGGCUCCAAGUUUGGAUCCCGUGUUGGAAUGCUGUGCACCAAUCCCGCUGUCGCUACUCGUCCUGGUCCUGGUGUCAAUAACCUAGGACGCAUGCCCGGCCCCCGAUAUCCUCGUUCCUUCCAGUAA